AUGAAUAGUUAACAGAGAGCUAAAAUCUAUGUGCUUGAGAGUUAAUGGGAGGAAAUUUGUAUAGGGUAUGUAUAAAUUGUGCAUACAGAUGGUGGUGUUAAUCUUACUUUCAUUAGAUGCAUUUUAGAAACAUAAAAAAAGUAAUGUAGCAAUUUAGUGUAAUUUGCUCAUUUGAAUACAAAUUAGGAAGAAUGGUGCCUAAAUUUAAAGGUGAAUUAAGAAACUACAUAUGAGUUUUAGGGAGAAAAUAUAAUUUAAUGGUAGGAAAGUGAAAUCAAUUUAGAUAUAGCAAUAAGUUUUAUUGAUUCUAGGUAUGCAUCUGAAAUUUGGAAUUAAUUAUAAAAUAGUAGAAGACAUUUUCGUUACGAUGAUGUUGAAUCGGCAUAUCCAAUUUUACCAUCGCAUUAAAAUUUAGAAGCAAUUCUAUCAUAGAUAAGUGACAGUCCAGAAAUAAUAAUUUAGAAAAUAACUAAUGAUCCUCUAAAUAAAUUCAUGGAUGCCAUAAAAAGAAUAUUUGAAGAUGCAGAAAUGUAAUCUAAUUAUCAUAUACUUGAGCAAUUACAUUAUGUGAUUAGAAGUUUAAGUAUUUAUUCAAUAUAAUUUUUAGUUUACAUAAAAAAUGAAAAUGUGAUGAAGAGUUUAUUGAGUGACAAAUAUUAUGUGACAUUAUUUGGUAUAAUGGAAUGUAAUUUAAAAUAUUAUUAUAUUUAUAGAUCAUUCUGAGAAUACUGGAGUAUAAAGAGUUUCUUAUAGAAAUUUUUUAAAAAAUGAAUUGAAAUACCAUCAAAUAACUGAAUUUGAGGAUUCAAUAAUAGAGAAAAUACAUUUUAAUUAUAGAUUAUCAUACUUGAAAGAAAGUGUUAUGGCUUAUUACCUAUAUAUUGAAGACCCGCUUAAUAAUGAGUUUAAUUUUUAUAUUCAUGAAAAUAAUCAAAAGAUACUUGAAAGUUUGUUAAUUCAUCAUAAGGAUUAAUUUUAAAGAUUUUUAGAAAAUUUUAUGGAUGACUUUGAAGUAAAAUGUAAAUUUAUAAAUGAAUUUUUUCUAUAAUUUAAAGCAUUUCUAGCUAUAAAGUAAUUGAAUGAUGCUUUUGUGGAUUGUAUAACAGAAUCUAAUUUACUUAAAAUAUUAUAUUAAAAUACUUUAGAGAAAGUAAAUCAAAAAUAAUUAUCGUAAGUUUUUUGGACAACAUUACAAAUAACAAUUUUAAUAGCAAAUUCGAAUUAAUAAUAUGUAUAGGAUUUUUUGAGAAUAAAUAAUGAUUUAUUUUGGGAAUGUAUGGGAGGUUUAUUAUUUAGUGAGAUGAAUGGUUUGAGUAGUAUAAUAAUAGAUAUAAUAUAAAUAAUAAGUUCAAAUUAAACAGUGUAAAGAGAAUGUAUAGAUUGGUUAAGAAAAUGUUUAUAAUAAGAGCCUUUGAAUAUUGAGGGAGGAAUUGUAUUGUAAGAGCUUGUAUAAUGGAUUUGUUAAUAAUAAAAGUAGAUAUCUGAAGAUUUGGUGAUGCUUUCACAUAAGAUUUUAAAUAUUUUAAAUAUAGAAUAAAAGAAGUCAAUAAAGAAUAAGUUUUUAUUGAUGUCAGGGUUAAAACAUUUCAAGUAUAUUAGUACAACAGGUAUAUGUGAUAUAUUGAAACCUUAUUGUAAUGCAUUGGUAUAAUUGGGAGUGAGUAGAAGAAUGGAUGGAAUAGUGGAAGGAUAAAUAAGAGAUAUAUUGAAAUGCAUAAAAUUGAAAAAGAGUUUAUUAUGGCAUAUAGUAAUAAUAUUUAAUAAUUUAGAUAUUGAUAGUAAGAAGUUUAAAUUUAUAGAAUCAUAAUGUAUUUGUAAAAAUGGUAGAAUAAUAUUAGAAAUAAGAGAAUGAAGAUUCAAGAUAUUAUGAAUAGGAUGAAUCAGAAGAACAUGAAGUGUAGUAAUAGUAAUAAUAGAGAGAUGAUAUAAAAUUGGAAAUAGGAAGAAUAGUAAGAAGAAGAGAUGAAGAUGAAGAAGAAUAGGAUGAUGAGACAUAUGUGAAAGAUUAGAGACCAAGAGGGAUAAUUUUUGGGGAGAAUUGUUUUAAAAGAAUAAAACAUGAUGAUGAUUGA